CUCUCGUUGACGCCCCUAGCUCCCUACCUGUCCCCUGCAUUUUUUCCACUUUUUCAACCCUUUUUUCUACCCCAUUUAAACGUGUCAAUACUAAUUAAUACAUGCCCUCGCCAGAAAAACAACGCGCAAUGCCACCUCCAUCCUCACUGCCAUAGGCAAGGCAUCCAGCAUCCCUGUCUACGUCGGCGCCUCGCACGCGCUGUAUCGCCCGCCGAUGCACGCGCCCACCGACAUCCACGGCGAGUCGGGGUUAGACGGGACCGAUUUGCUUCCGCCGCCAGCCGUGGAGGCGCGCACCAACCCGCCGGCCAUCGAUGCCGCCUAUGCCGCCCUGAAGGCCACGCCGCCCGGCACCGCCUGGGUCGUCGCCACGGGCGCCUUCACCAACGCUGCCGCCCUCUUCCUCAAGUACCCGGACCUGGUCGGCCACAUCCGUGGGCUCUCGCUCAUGGGCGGCGCCCUCGGCGGCGGCUUCACCCCUGCCGUCCUCGGCGAGGUCGCCGGCGUGCCCCGCGUCGGCAACUGGACCCAGUUCGCCGAGUUCAACGUCCUCGCCGACCCGGAGGCCGCAGCCGCCAUCUUUGCCAACCGCGAGCUCGCCCGUAAGACCACCCUGAUCCCUCUCGACGUGACCCACCUGGUCCUGACCACGGAGAGCGUGCGCGACCUGCUGCUCUACGGCCGCGAGGAGGUGGAGAGGGGCACAGACGGAGAGGCUCGGAGGAACGGCAAGCCAGGAAAGACGAAGCUUAGGGUUAUGCUGGUGGAGCUGCUGAUGUUCUUUGCAAAGACCUACAAGUAAGUU